GUUACGGGCACGUCGCCCCAAAGACAUCGCUUGGUCGGAUUGCCUGCAUUAUCUUCAGUAUCGUGGGGAUCCCGCUGAUGCUGCUGUUGCUGGGAGGUCUGGGAGAGAAGAUGAGGAGAAUGACUUCCAGAUUCAGCAAGUGUGUGAGCCUUCUACCUUGCUCCAAACGGGUGAAUCGAUUCUUCAACUACGCCCUGAUCGCUGGGUUCGGCCUUCUCGUUCUCUUCGUGGGACCCUCGUUUGCACUGAUUUAUUUCGAGGGCUGGACAGGCGUGGAUGCUGUCUACUACUGCUUCGUCUCUCUGAGUACUAUAGGCUUUGGGGACCUGGCUCUUGGAGAUCCGACCUCGGCUGCUCACCAAAACAACAGCGCAGGCCACCACAUCUACCGUGUGAUGAGCCUGGUGUGGGUGUUGUUCGGACUGGCUUAUGUGGGGAUCGUCAUCACCAGUCUAGGACAUCUCUUCAUACGGGGCUCCUGUGGGGCAAACAAUGUGGAGACUAUGAGGCUAAAGGCAGAACUGAAGCGGCUGAAGCAAGAGAUCAAGGCUCAGAGGCUGUACGCACGCCGCAGCGGCUUGAACAUGACGUGGUCGUCCCAACAGAUGAUGGAGGGAGACCUAACGUGGGACUCGGAGAUUAUUCCAGACAACCCGACACCGCAGUGAUACAAUGCGUUGUUAUGAAGGAUAAUAUUAUUGAUAAUUAUGUUGGUAGAAAAGCUCACAGGACCAGGAACAACACAUGUGAGGCGUGCAGAUAAAAUGAGUUACUUCUAGCAAUCCCGAAAUGGAGAUAUGGGCAGAAAAUUGACUCAGGGCUCGAAUUGAUAUGUUUUCAACUGAUUAGUAUGUGUCUGUUUGUUUGUCUGUUUGUUUGUUUUUAUGGUU